AUGGCCCCCGCCGCCCCAAAAAACCACCUAAAACGCUCCGCGCCCCCAUCCUCCCUCUCCGCCCCGGGCCCCGCGGCAAAGAAAAAGCGGCCGCUCGACAAGCGCGAAAAGCCGCAGGAGAAGAAAAAGCGCGCGCGGCCCGUCGUCGCUGCGCCUGCGGAGAGCGACGAGUCUGAUCUGGAUGAGGAAGAAGGGUUUGAGGAGGUGCCUAUGGAAAGGGAUGAGGAUGAGGAGAUGGGCGAGGGCGAGGGCGAGAAGGCUGUUAAGGAUCCCAAUGCCGCCCGAGAAUCGCACAAAGCCCAACGCGCCCUGCACGCCGAACGCCGCUCCCAAAAACCGCACGCGUCGGUCCUGGCGGACGCCAAAGCGCACUGGGCCCUCGCGCGCGCCAAAAACGUCUCCAAGCCCGAGCGCCAAAAGCACACCGCCGCGCUCAUGGACUGCGUGCGCGGGAAAGUGCAGGACAUCGUGUUCAAGCACGACGCGAGCCGGGUCGUGCAGACGCUCGUCAAGUGGGGCGACCAGGCGAUCAGGGACGAGGUGGCGGGCGAGUUGCAGGGGAGGUAUAGGGAGUUGGCGCAGAAUAAGUAUUCAAAGUUUCUGGUAACGAAACUAGCCCGCCUCUGCCCCACGCACCGCACCUCCAUAAUCCUCGAGCUCAAACCGCGCAUCCUCAAGCUCAUCCUCCACCGCGAAGCCUCGCGCGCCCUCGCCGACAUCUACGAGCUCUACGCAAACGCGUACGAGCGCGCCCUCCUCGUCCGCGAGCUCUACGGCCGCGAGACAUCCCUCUUCGCCUCAAAAGCCACGCUAGAGGACAAAGACGCCGCGCGCGCGGGGCUGGGCGGGGUGCUGAAGGGGCUGGACGUCGAGCAGCAAAAGCGCGUGCUGAAGAGCGUGCGCGAGAGCCUGCAGCAAGUCCUCGACAACCCCGACAAAGGCGCCGUCCGGCACGCGCUCGUCCACCGCGCGCUCUGGGAGUACCUCGCCGCGCUCCCGGCCCUCCCGGACCAGGCCGAAGCGAGCAAGCUGCGCGCCGAGCUCCUCGACGGCGCGAUGGAGCAGCUCGCCGAGAUGGUGCACACGAAGGACGGGAGCCGCGCCGUGAGAGAGUUUCUGGCGCGCGGGGACGCGAAGCAAAGGAAGGGGAUAUUGAAGGUGCUGAAGCCGUACGUGGAGAAGAUGGCGAAGGACGACGAGGCGCAGCUCGUCCUCUUCACCGCUCUGGACGUCGUCGACGACACAAAACUCCUCGCAAAAUCCCUCGUCGCGCCCCUCACAUCCGCCGCGCCAGCCCUGCACACAACCUCCGCCGGCCGGCGCGCGCUGCUCUACCCCCUCGCCCCGCGCUCCACGCGCCACUUCACCCCCGCUUUAUCCGCCACCCUCUCCGAGACGGACCCCAUCCGCGAUUUGACGUCCAAGAAAGACCGCGCGGCGCGCGCGGCGGAGGUCCGCGCGUCGGCGUCGCCGGAGCUGCUGGGCUGGGUCGCGAAGGAGGGGGCGGAGGUUGUAAGGGAUACGGGCGGGAGUUUGGUGGUGCUUGAGGUCAUGCUGAGCGCGGAGGGGGAGAAGGACGAGGCGGCGCGCGCGUUGCUUCAGCCGCUUGCUGUGGAGGAUGGGGAGGAUAUCGACAUGCCGCACGUCGCGCGUCUGCACAAGACGCUCCUACAGGGCGGCCACUUUUCGCGCUCCACAUCGUCCAUCUGUUCAAGCCCGAACUGGGACGCCGGCGCGUAUGCUCGGGCAUUCGUCGAGGUUGUUGGCAAGGAGAGGACACGGGCUAUGGCGCGGGCUGGCGGGGCGUUUGUUGUUGCUGAGUUGCUUGAACGGAUCAGAGCGGAUGGGGAUGAUGCACUACGGAAAGAAGUGCGUGGAUGGUUUGAUGGGUUCGAAGGAGAGGAGGGCGGGGAUGUCAAGGGGUGGAGUGUGUUGGUUGAGAAGGUUGAGGCGCUGAGGAAGGCGUAG